CCGGAGCGCUGGCGGCGGGCGGCCGGGCAGCCCGCCUCGCCGUCCGCUGCGCGCCGGCGGCCCACGCCGCAGUGUGUUUCGUGGACGGCGCCUCCCCGGACCCACAGCCCCGCGCGCCGCCCGCCCGGCCGCCGGCAGCCUCGGCCGCGAUGUUCCGCCGGAGCUUUAAUCGCUUUUGUGUCGGGGAAGAGAAGCGAGUUGGGACACGCACGGUGUUCGUGGGCAAUCACCCAGUCUCUGAGACCGAAGCCUACAUUGCACAGAGAUUCUGUGACAACAGAAUCGUCUCAUCCAAGUAUACACUUUGGAAUUUUCUCCCAAAGAAUCUCUUCGAGCAGUUCAGAAGAAUCGCCAAUUUUUAUUUUCUCAUCAUUUUCCUUGUACAGGUCACCGUUGACACUCCAACAAGUCCAGUUACCAGUGGCCUCCCGCUUUUCUUUGUGAUAACAGUCACAGCCAUCAAGCAGGGAUAUGAGGAUUGGCUGCGGCACAGAGCUGAUAAUGAGGUCAACAAGAGCACCGUUUACAUUAUUGAAAAUGCAAAGCGAGUGAGAAAAGAGAGUGAAAAAAUCAAGGUUGGCGAUGUCGUGGAGGUACAGGCAGAUGAAACCUUCCCCUGUGAUCUUAUACUCCUCUCGUCGUGCACUAGUGACGGUACCUGUUAUGUUACCACGGCCAGUCUGGAUGGGGAGUCUAAUUGCAAGACGCAUUAUGCAGUACGUGAUACCAUUGCACUGUGUACAGCCGAGUCCAUUGACACUCUCCGAGCAGCAAUUGAAUGUGAACAGCCACAGCCCGACCUCUACAAGUUUGUCGGGCGAAUCAGUAUCUACAGUAAUAGUCUUGAGGCUGUUGCCAGGUCUUUGGGUCCUGAAAAUCUGUUGCUGAAAGGAGCUACACUAAAAAAUACCAAGAAGAUAUAUGGAGUUGCUGUUUACACUGGGAUGGAAACCAAGAUGGCUUUGAAUUACCAAGGGAAAUCUCAGAAACGUUCUGCUGUUGAAAAGUCUAUCAAUGCCUUCCUGAUUGUGUACCUGUUUAUCUUACUGACCAAAGCUGCCAUAUGCACUACUCUAAAAUAUGUUUGGCAAAGCAACCCUUACAAUGAUGAACCGUGGUAUAACCAAAAGACCCAGAAGGAGCGGGAAACUCUAAAGGUUUUGAAAAUGUUCACCGAUUUCCUGUCGUUUAUGGUUCUGUUCAACUUUAUCAUACCUGUCUCCAUGUAUGUCACGGUAGAAAUGCAGAAAUUCCUAGGCUCCUUCUUCAUUUCAUGGGAUAAGGACUUCUAUGAUGAAGAAAUUGAUGAAGGAGCCCUGGUGAAUACAUCAGACCUCAACGAGGAACUUGGUCAGGUGGAUUAUGUAUUUACGGAUAAAACUGGAACACUCACGGAAAACUGCAUGGAGUUCAUUGAGUGCUGCAUAGACGGGCACAAGUACCGAGGGGUAGCUCAGGAAGCUGAUGGACUCUCUCAAACUGAUGGGCCCUUGACCUAUUUCGACAGAGCAGAGAAGAAUCGAGAAGAACUCUUUCUGCGUGCCUUGUGUUUAUGUCACACUGUGGAAAUUAAGACUAAUGAUGCUGUCGAUGGAGCUGGGGAGCCCCCGGAAUUAACCUACGUCUCCUCUUCACCAGAUGAAAUAGCUCUGGUGAAAGGAGCAAAGAAGUACGGGUUCACGUUUGUGGGGAUUCGGAAUGGCCGCAUGAGGGUAGAGAACCAAAGAAAAGAAAUUGAAGAGUACGAGCUGCUUCACACCUUGAACUUCGAUUCUGUCCGCCGCCGCAUGAGCGUCAUUGUGAAGAGCCAAGCAGGAGAUAUACUUCUGUUUUGUAAAGGAGCAGACUCAGCAGUUUUUCCUCGGGUGCAAAAUCAUGAAAUCGAGUUAACUAAAGCCCACGUGGAGCGCAAUGCAGUGGAUGGAUAUCGGACACUUUGUGUAGCCUACAAAGAACUUGCUCCAGAUGAAUAUGAAGCAAUUAACAGACAGCUCAUCGAGGCCAAAAUGGCCUUGCAAGACCGAGAAGAAAAAAUGGAGAAGGUUUUUGAUGAUAUUGAGACGAACAUGAAUUUAAUUGGAGCUACGGCCGUGGAAGACAAGCUCCAAGAUCAAGCGGCGGAGACCAUCGAAGCGCUGCACGCUGCAGGCCUGAAAGUCUGGGUCCUCACCGGGGACAAGAUGGAAACGGCUAAAUCCACCUGCUAUGCCUGCCGCCUGUUCCAGACCAGCACUGACCUCCUGGAGCUGACUGCAAAAACCGUCGAAGAAAGCGAAAGGAAGGAAGAUCGCUUACAUGAGCUGCUGAUCGAGUAUCGGAAGAAGUUGCUGCAUGAAUUUCCUAAAAGUACUAGAAGCCUUAAAAAAGCGUGGACAGAGCACCAGGAAUACGGACUCAUCAUCGAUGGCUCCACACUCUCCCUCAUAUUAAAUUCUAGUCAAGACUCUGGCUCUAACAACUACAAAACGAUCUUCCUACAAAUCUGUAUGAAGUGCACGGCCGUGCUGUGCUGUCGGAUGGCGCCCUUACAGAAAGCCCAGAUUGUCCGAAUGGUGAAAAACCUGAAAGGCAGCCCCAUAACCUUGUCCAUAGGGGACGGCGCUAAUGAUGUCAGUAUGAUCUUGGAAUCCCACGUGGGAAUAGGCAUUAAAGGCAAAGAAGGUCGCCAAGCAGCAAGAAACAGUGAUUACUCUGUUCCAAAGUUUAAGCAUUUAAAGAAAUUGUUGCUGGCUCAUGGACAUCUCUAUUAUGUGAGAAUAGCACACCUUGUACAAUAUUUCUUCUAUAAGAACCUUUGUUUCAUUUUGCCUCAAUUUUUGUACCAGUUCUUCUGCGGAUUCUCGCAACAGCCACUCUAUGAUGCCGCUUACCUUACGAUGUAUAAUAUCUGCUUCACUUCCUUGCCCAUCCUGGCUUACAGCCUCCUGGAGCAGCACAUCAACAUCGACACGCUGACCUCAGAUCCCCGAUUGUAUAUGAAAAUUUCCGGCAAUGCCAUGCUACAGUUGGGCCCCUUCUUAUAUUGGACAUUCCUGGCCGCGUUUGAAGGGACAGUGUUCUUCUUUGGGACUUACUUUCUUUUUCAGACAUCCUCCUUAGAAGAAAAUGCAAAGGUUUAUGGAAACUGGACCUUUGGAACCAUUGUUUUUACAGUCCUGGUAUUCACUGUAACUUUAAAGCUCGCCUUGGACACCCGUUUCUGGACAUGGAUUAAUCAUUUUGUGAUUUGGGGUUCUUUAGCCUUUUACGUGUUUUUCUCAUUCUUCUGGGGCGGAAUUAUUUGGCCUUUUCUUAAGCAGCAGAGAAUGUAUUUCGUGUUCGCUCAAAUGCUGUCUUCUGUAUCCACAUGGUUGGCCAUAAUUCUUCUAAUAUUUAUCAGCCUUUUCCCUGAGAUUCUCCUGAUAGUGUUAAAGAAUGUAAGAAGAAGAAGUGCCAGGAGAAAUCUGAGCUGUAAAAGGGCAUCUGACCCAUUAUCCACCAGACCUUCAGUCAGACCUCUUCUUUUACGAACAUUCUCAGACGAAUCUAAUAUAUUGUAACAGAAUCCGAAUCUCGAGCUGCCUAUGUUAUUGUCCUACAAGCAUAUUGACAGUGGUUACAGCUAAAAAACGAAAGCAUGAAGAAACAGAUACAAAAAGUUAUCAUCUCAGGAUACUCGAUAUGCAACAAACUAAAACACUCUCUUGUGUCUAGAAAUCAAAACUAAUGUCCAUUAAAAUACCAAAUGACUCUUUAGCAUUUACAGUUACUGUAAGUUGCCUCCAUGGCCAGAGCGCUAAGUUACGAAUUAAUCUGAAAGUUGAAAGCAAGAAUACUUAGAAUUUCUGGCUUUAGAUAGAAUAAAAUAAUUACCAAAUGGGUACUUUUUCUCACCCACAAAUUCUGUGAAUGGAUUUAAACACAGUAGUAUAAAGUAGAAGUCAUGCCAUGGGAAUGAAUAGAUUUUUUUUAAUAUUACUUUUUUUUUGCCUGGCAGAAGAAAUAGGCUGUUUGGAUCACAUUUCUUGUACCUGCUGAAUGAUAAUCUUAGAUUCUUUGUUUUCAGACAUCUGAAAAGAAUACCUGAAAACAGGAGAGGACUCAGCGAUAGCAUUCGAUAGGGGAGUUAAUCCUUUCUGUAUAUACACAGGAUAGUUUUUUCUCUUGAUUGAAUAUCCUAGCCAUAAAAUACCUUGAACACUUAUGUGAAAGAACGAUAAUCUGGAAUAUUUUUGUGAGAAUAAAAAAAUCAUUUUAUUUUUCUUAUGCUGAAUUAAAUCCCACGUAAUAAGGGCCGAGGAGCUCUGGGAUUUGAAAGUAAACCAUUUCAAAUAACUUAGUAACCCUUCCUCAACCUGAAGAUAACACUGAUGUAUUCAAAUGUAAGUUUGCUCUGGAUCAGUGAUGAUGCGAGGGGCGGGGGAGGAGCAAGGCAGAAACAAAGGCCAUCCUGAGCAUCAGUCCUGUGUAAGUUCUUGCUGAAGAGAAUCCGAGAGGAGCCUGUUUGGGAACAAGAACGUUUUCUUUGGCAGAGGUUGCAUUUGAAUCUGAGCAGCACCUGGGAUGGGGAGGGGCUGCCCUUCAUCCCUCAAGAUGGUAAGCACGCUACAGAGCCUUGGUAUUGAACUUGAAUGUUGUCUCUCCUAGGAAACUUGGCUAAGGGUCGUGCUCCAAACUCUCAGCCACGUGACUGACUUUGGUAAAGUCCUCAACUUACUGGCCUAGGAGGAGGUCUUCGCCUCCCAGGGCGAAGCAGCUGAAGCAUCAGAAUGUGAAAUGUGUUUCUUCCUUGUUAAAACAAAACACUUUCUUUGGAUAUAAAUGACUCCACUUGACUACUAGAUUAAAAUGGUCUUUUAAAAUAAUUGUUUUCCUUCACUUUCCAUGUUGGGUUGUCUUUCUGGCAUGCCUGUAUGAUUAUUAGUGUUUCUGUUGUACUUUGAUUUGAUGACGUAUUGAAAUCAACCUAUACCAGUGUAUUUAUAUAGUCCGUAUGGCACAUUUGAUUCUUCAUGUAAAUUAUGUGUUAGUGUUCAGCUGUAAUUUUUCUUAAACUCUAGAGAAGACAUGAUUUCAUUUGUCGGCAACCAUUCCAUUCUUUACUGACUCAUUUUCACAAUGUGUAUUCCAUGUCAGUAUUAGUUUUGAGUGUGUUGUUAGAAGUUACUCACAGAUUACGGAAGUGUGCUGUGUUCUAGUAACCUGUAUUGGAGGUAGUCUGCUGGAAAUGUCUUUUUAUUCUCUGCCUAGUCCAAAGAGCUACAGAAGCAAAAAUCAGACCCAGGAAAGCUUUCAGUGUGUUGUUGUGCUUAUGGUUGUUGCUUUAUUUUUAAUGUUUUAUGUGAAUACUACGGGGACUGUGAAUACAAACAGGAGAGCCAGGAGGGAUAGACUUAUUUAAUGUAGAACCAUUGGAGAUUUGCCAUGAUCAGAAUGUCCAAACUAGAGGAAAUAUAAUAACUGGUGGCAGAUAAAAUGCCUAUGGCCAGAAAGUCAGGUGACUAAAGAGGAUUUAGAAUCAGGUCUCAGCUAGCCAUUAUACUGCAGCUCAAACUCCCAGUGGCAGUGAUGGGUAAUGUCAAGGCCCAGAUCCUUCAGAAGGAUCUGACUUUCCCUUUUUGUAUGGUAUUUUAUUAAGGAGCUAAAAAAAUGACUAGGGGAGGUUAGCACAUGGAAUAAAUUGAAGUAAGCCAUUGAAGUAAGGACAUACCUAGUACUACAAUCAAACCACGUUGUGUGAUGACAGAGGAAAAUAAAUGUGAUAAUAGGAUCAUAUGCCUAUGAUUUGACUGAUUUGAAAUCUCAAGUUGUUCUUAUAAUUUCUCAAAAUGUUGUCCAUCGUUUGAAGAUGUUGCCUACCAAACCGAAAACAUCAAUUCCACAUCUACUACAUAGACACCAGCAACAAUGUAAAUGUAAGCCUAAAUUUGCAAAUUCACAAUAGUUUAGUGAUGGAAUUUUUUAAUAACAUGCAGUAUAUAAUUGUGCAGAUUUUAUGCAAGUGUUGACAAAUCAUUUUUCAGCUUAAAAUGGAACUGCAAUAUUACAUUUUUCACUUAAGCGAUUUUUUACAUCUCGUUGUUGCUUUCUAUAAUGAAUGUGAAUGCCAUCUUUUAUGAAUGCAACUUGCCUUUUUCAUUACAGAAAUUUUUGUUUGAUGUAAUCAAUAAACUUUGGUAUGAUAUGAUUGA